UUGUCAGAAGGUUCUUGUAAUUCUCCUGUUGAUAUCAUUCUGGCACUGGAUGCAUCAGGAAGCGUGCUUAAAGUAAACUGGGAAAAGAGUAUGGAUUUUACCGGAUCGCUGGCUGAAAAAUUACUCAAAUUAAACCCUGAAAGUCGCAUAGGGCUCAUUGAUUUUAGCCAGGUUGCCAAUGAAGCCAUUUCACUGACCAGUGAUCGCCAAGGUCUGAAUCUAAGGCUUGAAACCGUGAGAAACUCGUAUCAAAAUGGUAUUACUCGAACUGAACUGGCAUUAAAUAAAGCUCUUGAGAUGUUUAACAGGAUUAACAAACAAGGUAGAAAAAAACGGCUUCUCGUAAUCACCGAUGGUGUAACGACACCGCUGAAUGGAAUGGUAGGACUGGAGCUGUUAAAGAUGCCAUCUGAAAGCCUUGAAUCAGCUGGUGUAACCAUCAUAGUGGUUGGAGUGGGGAAUCAGGUCAACGAUGAGGAAUUGAAUUUGAUGGCUACCGAUCCAGAUAAAGAAAAUGUAUUCCGUAUUGAAAAUUACGAUAAUCUUCCAGAUAUGGUUGGCAUCUUAAGCCAGGCUUUCUGUCAAGUCAACACUAACAAAGGUAAAACAACCCGUAGAAAAUAGCUCCAUGGAAUUCUACAGAACUCCAUGUAUUUCCAUGGAGUUCAUGUAUCUCGUAGCAUGCGAGCAAGCUCUCCAUUUGGUGGAGUCGCGAGAAGUCAAGCGAGUGCCGCGGGUCAGUCGCGGCUCGCUCUCACAUUUUCUCGCGGCUCGCUUCAUUCGCUCGCCAUAAAUGGAGAGCUUGCUGGUAGGCUAUGUAUCUUGAUGGAAUUUAAUGAAAUGAUCGUACGUGAACGUCCAGGUUUGGUUUUUCUAUAAAUACAGUCAACUCUUUCUAAACGGAAACCUCCCUUAAACCAGAUCACGAGAUGGCCAGUCAUUAUAUUUGGCUCUCUAUAAGGACGACGCCUUAUUUUAUGGACACUUGCUGUGUCGUUCCCUACUAUGCGUCAUAAAGAGUGCACUCCUCUUGUUGCCACUUUCUUUAGCCAGUAUUUAUGCUGAGAAAACAGGAGACUUGGUCAGGCUUCAAUCAUUCAACUUUUGGAAAGGGUAUCCUUGUUUUGUCUAUGUUCUGGUAGAUAGGUUCUCGACUUAAGGAAAGCAGAAGAAAACUCUUACAAACUCAACCAGGCAACCUCCUCUAAUUGAUUAAAAUUGAAAAGAAGACUUUGAAUACGAGACGUCAAGGCAAGCUACUUGCGUUUUUUUUAAAAAAUGACAAAAAAUAUCAUGUAGACAGUAAAAGAAACUGAGCUCUGGAAAUAUUCUUACUGCCGUUUCUGCAGUAAUUUGAGUUUUAUGGUAUGUUUUUCUUUAAAAUUCCAAAAUUUUGGCAACAGCAAUCCUUGUUACUGCUUCUGGGUGAUUUCACUAACUAGGGACAGUAGUGUUUAAACUCGAAUAUUUCUUACCCGGUCGAUAAUGUUCAUGAAAGUUUAAAUAAGCGAACGAGUAUAUGAUUAAGCUGCCUAUCUAUUUCUUUUUCAGGGGUCCCAACUGUACCACCUUCUUCUUCCUCUCCUUCUCAUCCAAGUCUGGAUCUUUCAUUUGAUUCAAGUGGUAAUAAACUUAUUAUACGUACAUGUGUUUGUGACUUUCUAGGAGUGCAGGAGCUGUUUAAUUUUUAAAUGUUUUGUAACCUAAACUUAAGUUGACUUUACGACCAUGAAAUUUGCAUGAUCAGCAUUUUUAAAGACAUGUAUUUCUGUCAGUAAGUCCCUCUAAGCCAGCGUAGCUCGAUAGGAUCCCCACCGUUUUCGUUUUCGUUUUCGUCUUGUACUCCCUGUAAGGCAAUCCUUGCCGAACUAGACGAAGGGUAGAGACGAGACGAAGUGUGAUCCCCUAGUCUUCCAGGUAGGAAGUAGCGCAAACUGGGUAGAUUGCAGAGAAGCCGGAAUGCUAGCAAUGAUGAUGGCGAUAUCAAGCUAACCAGAUUUACUUAUUUUACUUAAGUUGAUGUUAGGGUGGUUAUUUUAUUGCCGACCUUUACUUAUCUCUACUUUUCUCUCUUAGUUACAACCUGUCCCGCAGUCUAUACAAAGGUAGGAUGCUUUAGGGAUGAUAUGUCAAACCCAAGACCACUCCCAAAACUGCUGUUUACAGAUCGAGACCCAUCAGUAAAGAAGUACUCUAAUAUUCCUGUUGAUUGGCAAAAGUGGGACUCUUAUAUGAAGGACCUUGUAUGUCGCUGUGCAAAGGAAGCAAAAGUUCUCAAUUAUCAAUUCUUUAGUAUCCAGUUCUAUGGUAAGUUAAAUCUAAAAGCAAUUUCUAAAGGAAUUUGCUAUGGUAAAACGGAUCAGUUUAGUUAUUUGGUAACAGAGCUCGAUACAGGUUCAUCGAGCUCGAUGUGUCAACCGGUCUCGAUGAACAAUCGACCCCAGGAAACUGUACUUGAUGUGUCGAUACCGAGCUCUCGAGCUUGCCAAGCAACCACAUAACUAAUAUUAUCCAAAUAUUUUCCAUAACAAUCAAAUUAAGUGGCUCGCCAGAACUCGCCGUUGCAAUUACCUAGUAAACUUUUUUUUAGAGAGGAACCUAUGAGGGGAUCUACUUACAAACUGUUAACUGACAGUGGUCCCGUGAGAAUGCCCGUCCAACAUAAAAUACAGUUCAGGGUUACGAUCAAUCUAAUGCAAUGUUCUUUCCGUUAAGGUUCGUUACCGAAUAUUUCGAGUGUUACGUCGCAAAUGUAGUAGCCAGGCCCUUUGUCUCAAACAAACUAAAUGGACGUUGAAUCAUUCAAUAAACAUUUAACAACCUUUAGCAAUUCAAACCGUGUAGGUGAGUGUUGGUCCGGACCGGACACUGGAGACACGUACAACAGAGCUGGUCUAGCGGAUACGUGCAUUACACGUGACCUUAAGCAGCGGUGCGAUCCUUCCGAUCCUGAAGAAUGUGCUGGUGAAAAAGAAACAAACUUUGUUUAUACUGUUGAAUUACAAGGUAAGCAUAGUGCCUAAUAAGGCAAGGCUCAAGACUAGUUCUUAACAAUUACAAAAUGAGGCUGAGUAUGAUGUGAAGAAUUAUGCUGAUCGACUGUUGCGAGGGGUAUAACAUACGCAGAGGGCCGACGUGAAUAAAAGCCUCUGAGAUCCACGUAAUUCUUCAUAUCAUACGAAAGAUGAAUUCAAUUAUUGUUUUAUUAUUCAUGCAAAAUAUUUUUAAGUAACAAUCUUAUCUCCUAUUGCCUGGUCCUCGGCGCUUUUUCGCUAAGGAUGUAAACAGAUGUUUUUUUGCAGGUAGAAAAAGCAGAUUACAUUUAUAAAGCAAUAUCUUGCAUUUCGUUCGUUCAGUUUCUGUCAGACCUUUACCUUUUUCGACUUCGUGUAGGUGUAAACUAUUUCACGUUUUUAAAAUUCAUUCACACGUAAACAGCUUGUGUAAGAGGCUGCCGUGCCGCUGUUUGGAAACGAGGAUGUGUAUCGUUUGUAUAUUUCCUAGUAUGAUAAGCGCCGGCUGGUUACAAUUAAUUAGCCGCUGGAUUGAAGCCACAUCGAAAACGCGAAACAUUUUGAAUGAAUAAUACAUCGAAAAUAUAUUAUAAGGCAUAUAAACCUGCGUUGUAGAUAGAACAGAAAAACAAGACUGUACACACUGUAGUACUGCAAUGAAUCGAACAGAGAGACAUUUAAAAAGAAACUUGAAAAUUUUCAAUGGCAAAAUGGAAUGUUGAAUGUUGGGUUACCUACGCAGGCAAGUUACCUUGAGGUGUUUCAGCAUGUCAUCAUUUGAAUCCAUAUUUUACCAAAUAUUGAGGUUAAACGGACGCGACAAUGAAAGGAAAACAUGUAACAUAGCCACAAGCUAAUAUAGAGCUUAAAGCUUUACCUGCAUCGUACUAACUGCAGUUUGUAAUAACCUAACGUUUAUUCUCUCAAACGUCCUGUCCAUUCACCCCUAUGCUGGUGAUGGCGAUGGUAAGCUGAUUGCAGGAUUAAAACAAUUGUAACAUUCCUAGGUGGAGAGAACAGGACAGAAUUGCAGGGAUACCGAACUAAUAGGCUUUAUUAUGUGUUUGGUUUCUUAGUCGCUGAGCCCGCUUGUAAAGUGACUUUUCAUAAACUUGGAUGCUACAAAGACAACGAAGUGCUUCCCCGUCCGUUACCGAAAUUGAUGUUUACCGACCGUGAUCACAAAUCUUUACUUUAUAGCAACAUAAGAAUUGAUUGGGGCAAGUGGGAUUCUUAUAUCUCAGACUUGGUUUGUAGAUGCGCAGAGAAAGCAGCCGAGAACAACUAUCGCUUUUUUGGUUUGCAGUUUUUUGGUAAGUUUGUUUGAUAUGAAGUAGCAGUACUGUUUCUGACCAAGCCAUGCGCUAUUAGGCCACGCCAAAUGAUCGAGCUUUAGUAAUGCUAUUUUACUGGACAGGAGCCUCAAGCUCCUGUACUGGACUAGUAACCAGAAGGACAUAGGUUCGACUUCUUUUAGGAGUAAUCUGAUUUUUUCAUCUGACUCACUUGUGUUACUUCUAGUGUGCUCACCAGGGUAACAGUUCCCCAACACAUUUCUCUCAAUUCUCUCUAUCUUUAAAAGCUAUAGACAUACUCGAGUUUAACCCACGAAGCCGCGCUAAGUACUGUUUUAAGUAACAGGAAAAAAAUAAUUCAACACACUGUUUUGAAUUAUUUUUUGGUGUCUGCAACAACCCUGUUUUAAUGAUAACUGUUUACUGAUGAAAUAUUGUUACUUCGUUAAAGAUGCCAAUACUAAUAUUUCAGAGUUACCGUGUGGCACGAAAUGUUUGCGGGUUCUAAUUUUUGCUAUUUUUCCAGCGAUCCGCAAAAUAAAGUUAACAAAUAACAAUUACCGCAAGCAUUUUUUUCGCAAAAAUUACUCCAGAGUAAAUAUUCUCUAACUAAAAUUCACUACAUAAAAAUACAGUACUAAGAAAUCGUGUCUGUUCAAUCAUAACUUGCCUCUUUCAUUCAACAUCAAACGGUAUACAAUGAAUUACUGGUCUUACAUAGGGUACGCAUACCGUAGUAUUUUUUUUUCUUUUGCACGUACUUAACAAAAACGACGAUAUUAUCAAUGCUGGGUACUGGGUACUUUCUGAAAAUCGCAAAUUAAUCUCCAGCAAGGAAAACCAAUUUUUCUUAAUCGCAAAAAUUACUUCCCACAAAACACAAAAAAUCGCCAAUCCGCAAAAAUAAACUCCCGCAAAAAUUUAGUGCCACACGGUAUCAAGAAUUGCGUCCUGUUGCAAAACCGUUCUUCGCUAAAUCAAUUCCAAAUCCUUUAUUAGGCGAAUGCUGGUCAGGUCCAGAUGAUGAAAUCCAAUACAACAAAAUUGGGCGUGAUGAUAACAAAUGUUUGACCAGGAACUAUCAGACAUGUGCAGCCAAUCCUAAUGCAAACAACUUGGAAUGUAUUGGUACACAAAAGGCCAAUUACGUAUACGGCAUUGCAAAAACUCAAGGUAAAUUUGAUAUCUAGUGAAUUAUCAAAUGUAUAUCCGAAAGCAGACUGUUUUUACUCCAGUUGGCUUAUUCCUGUUAGUAGCUUGAAUCUUUUUCGCGUAUCAGGCGAGCUGAGCAAGGUUUACUUGCUGGAACGUCAAGGAUAUACGAUCUAGAGCUAUCUAGGUCUGGACAAAAAUCCCAAGCCCACCUACAAUCAUGCUCAAAAUCAUUGGGAAGGAUUCAACUUUUUAUCUGUCCUUUGCUUCUUUCCCCAGCCUCCUUGCCCAACAAACCUAGGGUGUUUGAGCGCUUGAUUGUUCUAUCAUAUCCCAACAUUAACUAGACUGAAGGAAUCCGGAAGGGGAGAACUAUUUAGCAAAGGGGAAAAGUACUUCCUUGGCUAUUAUCAUAAACGGCAUGAAAGGGGCAAUUAUGGUAUUUAGUUAUAAAAACAUUCCCAAAUACUAUAUACCGUGAUUGUAACUUGAAUAACAAAAAUGGGCGGGGAGGCAUAAACGUCAAAUUUAUAAUCUAGUAAUUCAUUAUCGUAUAAAGCGCUCAGUGAUGGUUGUUUUACAGAUCCAAGUUGUUCAGUGCCCUUUAAGUUUGUUGGCUGCUACAAAGAUCGCAUAAAAAAGGGUGGACCCAGACAGCUUCCAGUACUGCUUUUUACAGACCGUGACAAGUCAAGCAAAAGAUAUAGCGGUAAACCAAUUGACUGGGGCAACUGGGACACCUUUAUUGAAGACUUAGUUUGUCGCUGCGCAAAAGAAGCUAAGGAAAAGCGAUAUUCGCAUUUUGGCAUUCAAUUUUACGGUAGGCGUGUUUGUUAUAAUACAGUAUGUAAAAAUACAAUGCUGCACUGUCGCGCGAGAACAGUACAGUUUCUUCAAUAGCAAUAGAUUCAGCACCUGUGAGGUUUGACGUUCGACCCAAACCUAUGGGUGACGCAGUUCUCUCUAGUUCAAAAAGAAAACAAGCCGCUUCCUUUUGAAUGAGGCAAAGCGAAAAAUUUUUUAACAGACGCACGAGACUGCUUGAACGGUUCUUGUGUGGGACUCAAACCCAUGGGAAGAAAAUGUUUUGUUAUCAUUCAAGCAGUCGCGUGCGUCUGUUAAAACUUUUUCGCUUUGCCUCAUUCAAAAGGAAGCGGCUUGUUUUCUUUUUGAACUAGAGAGAACUGCGUUAUCACUGGUUUCAAGAAACAACAACAACAUGACCCUUACCCUAACCCUAACCCUAACUCUAACAACAAGACAUUAGAGGCUUUAAUAACAUGACCAGAGUUCUCCUUGUUUCAGUGCUAUGUAUCCACAUCACCUCUAACUCCUUUGCAUGUAAACAGCAUAUCUUAGGUACCCAUUUGUACUUGUGGAUGUAACACAAAACAAAAUUACUUUCUAAGGAAACAACGUAAUGACACGGACUGAGCUACUACGCAACCAAACCAUCAUAUGUUAAAUUUAAUUGUUGAUAUUUUCGUCUUUUUUUGUAGGAGAAUGUUGGUCAGGACCCGAAGCAGGCGAGGCUCUUGCCGGCCAGGAGUCUCCAAACAAGUGCGUUACGAAGGAUUUUGAAAAGUGUGAGCCAAAUGACACUUGUGUCGGAAAACAGAAUGCCAAUGCUAUAUACUCAAUUUAA